CUCAUUCACUCUCUCUCUCCACACACACGCACACACACACACACACGCUCCCCUGCAUUUCGUGGGAGAAAGUAAGAAGAGGGAGAGAGAAAGAGAGAGAUUGAGAGAGAGUGAUUUGAAGCCUCUCUCUGCUCUCUCCGCUUUUCUGUUCUCUCAGACUCAAUGGGGCUCUAGCAAAAGGGAUUUCAAGCUGUAAAACUACAUAUUUAUUACCCGAACCCUUCUUUCUAUUUAAGUUUUGUACAUAGCACAGAUAACUUAUUGAAGAACAAGGUGGGUUUGCGUUUACGACGUCUCUAAAGGCUCUCUUAAAACCGACUCCACUGAGUUUUCAUGAGAGAAAAGAACCAAAAGGCUAAUUUCUGAAAUUGUCCUGCCUUGUAGUCAAACCAAAUCCGUGAAAAACUUGGGAACUAUGGAUAUUCGGAAGAAGCGGAGGCCGUGGUGCAUGGAGACCUCGUUUGUGCUCCUCCUGUGCCUUGCUAUGGCACAAGCAGAUCCAGUAGAUGUUUUGCGGGUGCUGCAGUUGCCUUCCCUUCCCGAAGGUGUGCAGAAGGUUCCAGGUUUCUGUACCUCCCGUCUGUCCGGCUCCCCUGAUCAUGCCUACCGCAUCACUAAAAAAGCCCAGAUCUCUGCCCCCACCAAACAACUAUUCUCAGGACGUUUCCCGGAGAACUUCUCCAUCAUGACUCUGGUUAAGGCCAAGGCUGGCCUUCAAGCCUUCCUGUUGUCCAUCUAUAAUGAGCAGGGUGUACAGCAGCUCGGACUGGAGCUGGGACGCUCACCCAUCUUCCUGUAUGAGGACCAGCAUCGCAAACCUGCCCCAGAGGACUACCCACUGUUCAAAGGCGUCAACCUGGCUGACGGCAAGUGGCACCGCAUUGCUAUUUCUGUGCAGAAGAAGAACAUCACUCUGAUCCUGGACUGCAAGAAUCGCAUCACCAAAACCCUGCCAAGGAGUAACAACCCAGUGUUGGACACCAAGGGCAUCACUGUUUUUGGAGCCCGUCUCCUGGAUGAGGAGGUUUUCCAGGGUGAGAUCCAGCAGCUGCUGAUCGCAUCCAACCCUCAGGCCGCGUAUGACUUCUGUGAGCACUACAGCCCUGACUGCGACUCCCCUCUGCCCAAAGUCCAGUCCCAGGACCCAAACACCUAUGCGGGCAAGGCAAACAAUGGCAAAGUCACUAAGCAAAAAGCCUCUCCAGCUGCAAAGGCUGCUCCAGCUAAACCCGCUAAAGCCAAGCCAACACCAGCACCCAAAACAGCGAAGAACAAACCUACAGCGGCACAAUUAUUGAUUUCAAAGAUAAAACCCACUCCUGCUUCUAAACUAGUGGCUAAACCAAAAGCAACUCCAGCACCAAAGAACGACAAAAAGAAGACCAAUGACAAUGGAAAAGUCAAUAAUGGUCAAACUAAAGUAAAUGGUAAUGGCAAUGGCAAGAGCAAUGGAAAUGGGAAAGACACUAAUGGCAAGGCUAAGGCUGGCAGCAAUGGUAAACCCAAUAACAACGGCAAUGGGAAUGGGAAUGGGAAAAAAACAAACGGAGAUGCUAAAACUAAUGGCAAUGGCCCGAAAACAGUGAAGACUGUGACCAAAGUAGCAACAACCAAGAAGUCAGAAAAUCCCACUACAAAAACUGUGACAGGAAAACCUAAAGCGCAGGUCAAAGCACAACCAACCAAAAGCAAGACAGAUAAAACGAAAGCCAAUGCAUCCCCUGCAAAACCAAAAGACACCAAAGCCAAAGUAGUCUCCGUCACUCAAAAGCCUGCUGUUUUCAAACCCACCCCCGUGCCUUUGCCUCGACCUUCAAAAAACAUCUUGGAUGUCAAUAACGUCAAAUCAAUGUCCAGGAAUUUCCCACCCUUCAACAAGGCUGUUGUGAGUGCCACCACCAUCAAGAAGAAACCGACCAAUGGUUAUCAACAGGACGUAGAUCCUGCUUACUCAGAGGCUGACCACACCCCCACAGAGACCGAUUAUUAUUACAAUGUAGAGGAAGAGGCGGCUCCACAGCCAGAGAGUGAUCUGACUGGAUAUGAAGAAAGCAUUAACCAGGUCGACGAGACUGUCCCCGUUGAGGAAAUGGAUGCUACUAAGACAGGUGGUGAGGUGGCGUCUCAAACGCCAGAAGAGCCCUUCACUGAGGAGUACAUUACAAGCGACUUUGGGAUGAAGGAGUAUGACUAUUCCUACAAGGACUACAAUGAGCCCAUCAUUGAGGGCAAGACGGAGGACACACUAGGCCCUGCCCUGUCAGCUGUGACAGAGGAGGGGGGUGCCUCAGUGCGAGCCAUUAAGGGAGAGAAGGGAGAGCCUGCUGUCCUUGAACCUGGCAUGCUGAUUGAAGGACCACCAGGACCAGAAGGACCAGCAGGUCUCCCUGGCCCCUCUGGCCCUCAAGGACAACCUGGUUCUGUCGGUGAUCCUGGUGAGAGGGGUCCUACUGGAAAGGCCGGUCUACCUGGAGCAGAUGGUGUCCCAGGACCUCCAGGAACCUCUGUCAUGCUUCCUUUCCGCUUUGGACAGAGCGCUGGAGAGAAGGGACCCGUUGCCUCUGCACAGGAAGCCCAAGCUCAAGCCAUUCUGUCUCAGGCUCGGCUGGCCCUGAAAGGACCAUCCGGGCCAAUGGGUUUCACUGGCCGUCCUGGACCUUUGGGUACACCUGGUAGUCCUGGCUUUAAGGGAGAAAGAGGAGACCCUGGUGCUCAGGGCCCUAGGGGUCCUCAGGGUGUGUCUGGUCCUCCUGGCAAAGCUGGUCGGAGGGGUCGCGCUGGUGCUGAUGGAGCCAGAGGGAUGCCAGGAGAGUCUGGAAUUAAGGGUGACCGCGGCUUUGAUGGCCUUCCUGGUUUGCCUGGUGACAAGGGUUAUCGGGGUCAACCUGGAGGAAUGGGACCCCCAGGACCACAUGGAGAGGAUGGAGAGAGGGGAGAUGAUGGAGAUGUUGGACCCAGAGGUCUUCCAGGCGAACCUGGACCCCGUGGUUUGCUGGGGCCUAAAGGGCCUUCUGGACUUCCUGGACCUCCUGGUGUUCGCGGAAAUGAUGGUCCACAUGGUCCAAAAGGAAACUUGGGACCACAAGGAGAGCCCGGUCCUCCAGGCCAGCAGGGGGCUCCAGGAACACAGGGAAUGCCAGGUCCACAGGGUGCGACUGGACCACCAGGAGAGAAAGGACCCACAGGAAAGCCAGGUCUACCAGGAAUGCCAGGAGCUGAUGGUCCUCCCGGUCAUCCCGGAAAGGAAGGUCCUGGUGGAACCAAAGGAAAUCAAGGUCCUAAUGGUCCUCAGGGGUCUAUUGGCUAUCCUGGCCCUCGGGGAUUGAAGGGAGCUCAAGGUAUCCGUGGACUGAAGGGUCAUAAGGGAGAGAAGGGUGAGGAUGGAUUCCCAGGAAUCAAAGGAGACUUUGGUGUGAAGGGAGAGAGGGGAGAGGUGGGCGUGCCCGGCCCGAGAGGAGAGGAUGGUCCUGAGGGGCCAAAGGGUCGUGUCGGACCCCCUGGUGAAAUUGGUCCCCUCGGCCUGUUGGGAGAGAAGGGUAAACUUGGUGUGCCUGGACUUCCUGGAUAUCCUGGACGUCAAGGAAUAAAGGGGUCCCUUGGUUUCCCAGGAUUCCCUGGUACAAAUGGCGAGAAGGGCACAAGGGGUUUGAUCGGAAAACCUGGACCAAGAGGACAACGAGGGCCGACAGGUCCUAGAGGGCAGAGGGGUCCCCGUGGGGCAACUGGGAAAUCAGGUGCUAAGGGUGGAUCAGGAAGUGACGGGCCUCCUGGACCACCUGGAGAGAGAGGACUAACAGGACCCCAGGGUGCUAACGGAUUUCCUGGGCCAAAGGGACCUCCCGGACCUCCAGGGAAAGAUGGACUUCCUGGACACCCUGGACAGAGAGGCGAAGUCGGUUUCCAAGGCAAAGUUGGACCACCUGGCCCACCUGGAGUUGUUGGACCACACGGUCCCUCUGGUGAGACUGGUCAGAUGGGUGAGCGUGGCCACCCUGGACCUCCAGGACCACCUGGCGAGCAAGGCCUAUCUGGCCCCUCUGGUAAAGAAGGAACCAAAGGAGAUCCCGGUCCUCCUGGUGGCCCCGGUAAAGAUGGACCCCCUGGACUUAGAGGAUUCCCAGGAGAGAGAGGACUACCAGGAACUCCAGGCUCUGGAGGACUGAAAGGAAAUGAAGGCCCUGCUGGACCACCUGGUCCUGCGGGUUCAUCUGGGGAGAGAGGUGGUGCUGGCACUGCAGGCCCUGUCGGCCCACCUGGACGACCUGGACCUCAGGGACCCCCUGGAACUUCAGGAGAAAAAGGAGUGCCGGGCGAGAAAGGUCCGGUUGGUCCAGCUGGUCGUGAUGGCAUCCAAGGCCCAGUUGGUCUCCCAGGCCCUGCCGGACCUCCAGGUACUUCUGGAGAGGAUGGAGACAAGGGUGAGGUUGGAGAGCCAGGACAAAAGGGAGCUAAAGGGUCCAAAGGAGAACAUGGUCCUCCUGGUCCACCUGGACCAAUGGGUCCUGUUGGACAGCCUGGUGCAGCGGGUGCUGAUGGUGAGACGGGUCCAAGAGGUCAACAGGGACAGUUUGGUGCCAAGGGAGAUGAAGGCACAAGAGGUUUCCCUGGUCCCCCUGGCCCCAUCGGACUGCAGGGUUUGCCAGGCCCAGGUGGAGAAAAGGGAGAGACAGGCGAUGUUGGACCAUUGGGUCCUCCUGGUCCUCCAGGGCCGCGUGGUCCUGCUGGUCCUAAUGGCGCUGAUGGUCCCCAAGGUCCUCCAGGAGGUUUGGGUAAUCCAGGACCCAUAGGAGAGAAGGGUGAGCCUGGUGAAUCUGGACCACCAGGUGUUGGUGGAGAGCCAGGAAAAUUGGGCCCGAGAGGAGAGCGUGGUGAGAAGGGAGAGUCCGGGCAACCUGGCACCCCUGGUCCUCCUGGAGGAAAGGGACCCACUGGAGAUGACGGACCCAAAGGAAACCCUGGUCCUGUUGGAUUCCCUGGUGAUCCUGGACCCCCUGGUGAAGUUGGACCACGAGGUCAAGAUGGUGCUAAGGGUGACAGAGGAGAGGAUGGAGAACAAGGAGAAGCCGGCUCACCUGGACCAACCGGAGAGAACGGACCACCUGGACCUCCAGGAAAGAGAGGUCCUGCAGGGACAAGGGGACCGGAGGGCCGUCAAGGAGAGAAAGGAAGCAAGGGUGAUUCAGGUGCUCUUGGUCCUCCAGGAAAAACUGGCCCCGUAGGGCCACAGGGACAACCUGGAAAACCAGGAACUGAGGGUCUAAGAGGGUUGCCUGGAACAGUGGGUGAGCAAGGUUCUCCAGGUGCUGCAGGCCCUAAAGGACCUCCAGGACCUCUGGGUCCUCCAGGUUUGGCUGGUCUUCGUGGUGAUCCCGGUUCUAAAGGUGAGAAGGGACAUCCAGGUAUGCUCGGACUGAUUGGGCCUGCUGGAGAACAAGGAGAGAAGGGAGACAGAGGCAUGCCAGGACCUCAGGGAUCAACAGGACCCAAGGGAGAAACGGGUAUAUCUGGAGGAACUGGCCCACUUGGUCCUGCAGGUCCUGCUGGUAUGCCUGGCCCGAGGGGUGUCAAAGGAGCUAAAGGUGCCAGUGGUGGAGCUGGUCCUAAAGGAGAAAAGGGUGUACAAGGACCACCAGGACCACCUGGUCCCCCUGGUGAUGUCAUCCAGCCGCUGCCCAUUCAGAUCCCCAAGAAGUCUAAGCGCUCCAUCGACGCCAGUAAGAUUCUGUCUGAGACUGACGCUGAGGCUGCCGACACCACCGGCUCUGAGUUCCUGACUGGUAAUGAAGGAAUGGAGGAGAUCUUCGGCUCACUUAAUUCCCUGCGGCAGGAGAUCGAGAGCAUGCGCUUCCCAUUGGGCACAAAGGAGAGCCCCGCCCGCACCUGCCAGGAUCUUCACCUCAGCCAGCCAGAUCUGAAAGAUGGCGAGUAUUGGAUUGAUCCAAAUCAAGGCUGCGCUCGCGACUCUUUCAAGGUUUACUGUAACUUCACUGCCGGCGGAGAGACCUGCCUGUAUCCCAGCAAAGCAGUGGAGAAUGUAAAGACGAACUCUUGGACAAAGGAGAAGCCUGGGUCCUGGUUCAGUCAGUUUGCAAAGGGCAACAAGUUUUCAUAUGUAGACUCGGUUGGAGAGGCUGUGGGUGUUGUUCAGCUGGGCUUCUUGCGGCUGCUCAGUGUGCAGGCCAGACAGAACCUCACCUACCACUGCCAGCGCUCGGUGGCCUGGACUGACCAAACCACCGACGGCGGAUACCAGCGGGCACUGCGUCUGCAGGGGGCCAAUGAUGAGGAGAUCAGCUAUGAGACUAGCCCAUAUAUCAAAGCCCUCAUCGAUGGCUGCUCUUAUCGUAAGGGUCUAGACAGGACGGUGCUGGAGGUGAACACACCUCAGGUGGAGCAGCUCCCUCUGCUGGACAUCAGGAUCUCAGACUUUGGGGAGGACAAUCAGAAAUUUGGUUUUGAAGUAGGACCUGUCUGUUUCCUGGGAUAAACACACUCACACAGACACACACAUGCUGAGGGCAAGGGGAACACAAUCACCAAAACAAACACAUACACACAUUCACACAAAAACACACUCAAUCAUGCACUUAAAUAUACGACAAAUACAACCACACACAGAUGUGCCAACACAAGACAUUAAGAAGUGACACACAUAGACUCACACACACACACACAUUGUGAAUAAAAGUUGCACACGAACUACACACCCAGGGAAAAACACUCCCAGCAAUGAAUGGACAACACAAGAAGAGAGAAGAGAAAGAGGAGAGAGAGCCGUUCUCUCAGGAGAGAAGAGAUUGUGUCCAGUAACAGAAGUGUGUCGGAGCAGAUACUGCUGACCCUCCGCUUCGCUCCUACAGCUCCCGUCCCCACUGUCUGUCCUCCGGGACGUCCCGCUACUCCUACCUCCAUCAUCUAAAGUCCUCCAGUCCGCAGGUGCUACGCUUAAACUGAGGAACGUUUUUAAAUCCUGAAUGACACAGGCCACAUAUAUGAAAUCAAACCAAAGCCAUUUAUACUAGUGUAAAGAUGCUGAAUUUGAUAAUGUUGUACAUUUAUUAUAGAGUGACUCAAAUCUGUAUGAACUCCUGAUUUUUUUAAAGACAUGCCAACUUACCAGUCCAGUAUUUAUGGUGAAUUAUUAAGCUGGUUAUUGUUUCACACACUACCUUUUUAAACAAAUGAUAAGGUUUGCUUUUUAUCUGACCCACAGCAUUCAUUCAUUCAUUCACGAUGCCGGAACGGUGCAUUCGAAAUCCAUUUGUACAGAAAUAUUUGAACCUAUUUAUUAUGUAAUUGUGAAACAAGCAGGUGCUCGCAAGAAAACCACCAACACUCGCAGUACUAAACAACGUGGUAUUCGUCUGUAAUUACUUCAUGUAGUUUCCAUCACUUUAUUAAAUAUGUAAAUUAAACCCCAAGAAGCAAAUCCGCCUUCUCUGUAUGAUAUAUAUCCAUAUAUUUGCCUUUGAGCGAUGCUUUGGUGAUGAUGCUGCAUUAAUCCGGAGGUUCAGGAGAGUGUUUUUUAGGUGCUGAGAGUCUGGAGCGUCAGACAGCAGUGGAGAAGGGACAGCCAGAGGAAGAAACUGAUGGUGGUUUGUUGUUUUUAAUGUAUAUUUCUUUCGUUUUGGUUUUUUAAAACAAGGAUUGAGGAGAAGGAAAAGCUAUAAAAAUGAUUCGUGAACGAAAAGUUGUUUGUGUGGUUUUCUCACAAGGACAAUACUGCAAGGGUUGUUUUUGUCGGCGAAAGACGAACAUCUGUCUUUAUGGUGCUAAAACGUUUUCAAUGUAAGUACUUCAAAGUCUGUUUGUGUAAUAUAUAAUCUAUUUAAAGAGCUGUUGGACUCCUUUGUUGUUCUUUUGCCUGUUUGUUUACUGUUGUCACGUGCUAAUAUUUGAUCUGCUAAACUGAGAUCAUCAUCUAAACAGCCAUCAUGCGUAUGUCCAUCAAAUCACCUCUUAAAAUAUCAAUCUUUUAUUUGUCCUCCAGUUUUAUAAGUGUGGGUCUUCAACUGUUAACUGUUUCAAUUCUUUGACUUGUUGUUUUGGUCUAAAGUUCCCAUUAAACCACACAUCAACACA